AUGUUCAACUAUCACACUCCUGCCGAUCCUCGCUGGGCUGGCACUCAAUACCGUUCGGCCAUUUUUGUGUACAAUGGAGAACAGCGCGAGAGGGCCACCAAGUUCUUGGAAGAAACGAUUGGUGGCAAAUUGGCAACCUAUGUGGCCAUCGAAGAUGCCUCUGACUUUUACAAGGCAGAAGAAUACCAUCAAAAGUAUUUGGAAAAGGCUGUGAGUCGAGUGUAUUAG